AUGGUAAUGAUCUGCGUCACAGGUACGGAAUAAGUCGAAGUGUGAGUCUUAGAUACCUGUAUAACAGACAUUAUUAAACUCCGCUUCUGCAAGAAGUGCUCGAGGAGUAUUUCACUUUAGCACAGACCAUUUUUUGCAAGUUACAUGAAUUUUGUCAUAUAAAUAUUUUCAAACUCAUAAAUGAAAUAAUCUGCCUAUCAGAAAAGGAGACAUCUAUAUAAAUGUUGAUGUUUUAAAAAUUUACAGUUUUUGAUUGAAACUGCUAUCAUACGGAAAUGAAAGACUGACUAAAACACGAUACAAAAACAGUAUUUUGAUAAGGUUAUGGUGUUCAUUCAUACGUAUUAAAUAUGCUUCUAAGUAUUAAGGCUAUAAAAGAUCUAUUACAAGGCUAAAGUCGCUGAAAAGGUUCGCAAAAUUCGGUUAGGGGUUAUAAAUUAUAAAUAGAAGGUUAUUGGUGGAGCGAGACAUGUGAAACAGGAAUCUAUUAGUUAAUCAAAUAAAACAGGUAAAAAACAGCGGAACAACGGCGUCUGAGAUCGAAUGGUUUAAUUUACUGAUACCUUAUGUUUAACAACUGUAUAACAUAUUGCAUAUAUCUAACAGUCGCCCGAAUAUGACAUACCUUUUGUUUCUCGCUUUUUUCUCUCACCCAUCGGUUUAAGAUACUUCAAUCUACUGACAAAAAAAUUCUCUUUUAUGAUUUCUAAAAUAAGAAAUUUGUUUUAUUAACUAUCGUAAUAUUUCAUAUCUCAACUCGCAAGUUGCACCUGCUCUUUGAGUGGAUUUGUAUAAACAGGCAAUUACCAUAUUUUCCAUUCACGUUUAAGCUCUUCGGUAUCCUAAAGCAGCUUAUUCAGAAGUUGACAGUUCACCGGCCAUCACCAUGCUGCUCCUGCCUCUCUUGUCGUUUUUUCCUUCUCUGUUGAAGUUGAUGUGUGCCAUGCAAAACAGUGCUCUGUACCGAUAUCCGACAGGCACUGUUUCGUUCAGUAACUUUGAGCGCGAUCCCUUCUAUUACUUGUGGGCAGAGAAACUUUCAUCGUCCAUGGUGAAAGAUCAGUUGGACUGCACUUUUCUUUGUGUUCGUGAACCAAAUUGUUAUUCGUUCAACAUGGCUGCGUAUCCCGACUCCAAGGGUGUUUGUCUGUGUGAGCUGUUGGCCACAGACAAAUACAGAGAAACUGAAAAGUUUCAUGCAAAUGCAACCUUCCAUCAUUACAGAGCACGGGUAAGACAUCUUUAUUCAUACCUGGCAGUUUCCAGAUUUCAAUUUUUUUGGAUACAGAAUAAAUGUUUUUAGUUGAGAUGUUUGCUUUCUUCUCAGUCUCCAUGUGAAAGCUUUCCCUGCAAGAACGGUGGUGUCUGUGUUCCUAAAUAUGAAAAGAACUCCUAUCACUGUGAUUGUCAGCCUGGAUUCGAUGGAACUCACUGUAAACGUGAGGGUAUGAGAUUAACUUUUUUCCCUUUCAACUGAGAGAUACAAACUCUAAAGUAGAAUUCAUGCUUUCGUCUUUAUUUCCACUUUUUAAAAUGCACUAUAAAUGAAUUAUAUCUAAAUGUCAUUGAAAACUUUGAGCAACUGCUUGCAUCUACAUGUAUAGUGUCCUCCAACAUUUUCCCAAUAUGAAAGGGAAGGAAAAGUUUGCCCUAAGUCGGCCGUUUUUUUCUAUCUUCAUUUUCCAUGGAAAUAAACCUUUUCAGAGUGAAGUAUGUAGUCUCUAAAAUGGCUUUUUACGUUAUCACUUCUUUUUUUCGGUGAGAACAGGGAUAAUCAUUUGGGAAAUAGUCGUUUUUCUGUGUCUUUUUGUGUUUCAGGAAAUCGAACCUGCAGUGACAUCAAACGCUUCUACCCUAGGACUCUAAGUGACUCUUACGUCAUCGAUCCUGAUGGAGAGGGCGGAGAGAAACCUUUUAAAGUCUUCUGUGACAUGACUAAGAAGGGGGGGAUAGGAGUGACAGUUCUCAGUCACGAUAGUGAAAGCAGAAUGCUGGUGGAUGGAUUUGAUGUUCGUGGUAGUUAUUCGCGCAACGUUACUUAUAAUGAAGCCAGUCUAAUUCAGCUAGCAAGCUUAACAGCUUCAUCUGCUCACUGUGAGCAGUUUAUCAAAUACGAAUGCUAUCAUUCAAUACUCCUUUUCAAUGGUGGCAUGUACGGCUGGUGGGUAUCACGUGAUGACGAGAAGAUGAAGUACUGGGGUGGAGUCGACUCUGCUCCAUUCAAAUGUGCAUGUGGGUGGAACAACACGUGCGCGGACACCAGUUACGGCUGCAACUGCGAUAAAAACGAUUGGAAAUGGCGAGAGGACAGCGGUUUACUAACAAACAAGUCCAAGCUUCCCGUGAUUCAAAUGAGGUUUGGAGAUACCGGUCGCCUUAGCGGUGGCGAUGAAAAAGGAUAUCACACCCUUGGAAAACUGGAGUGUUAUGGACUUAUCUACUAAGAAGUCACAAAGACUAUAUGUUGAACAUCAAAAAGAUUGCUUGAUCACUGUACUUUCUUUGCAGAACCGAAUUAGAAUGGAGGUCCAUGAUAAUUCAGAGAAAUGUAAUGAAUUGGUAAUUUGAUUGUAAUGUAGUGAGAAAAAUGGAGAAAUUCAU